UAAUUAUGAAGAGGCUAUCUCGAGAGGGGAGGACAAGGUUUUGACACGGAUGGAUUCAACUCCUCCGGUCAGAGCGCGCGGUGUGCUUACAUUUUUAUUGCCAAACAUAUCGUAACGAUUAGUCUAUAACCAUCAUAUAGUUUUAAUAGUGAGGAUCGAGUAUUGUGUGCUAAGUAACCUAGCCUUUCGCCUAUCAUUUUGUGUCAUGUACUCAAAAUUACGCGAAUACGUUUCAAAAUGAAACCAAGCCCCACAUCAAGGGCUAUGUUGGGUUUGUAAUUACGCAGUUUCCCAGAGGGGCAGACAACACCCUCACGAUUUUCUAGCCCUACGGUGUAUGGAAAGUGAUCCUGGAUGGACCUGGGCGAAAACAGCUGGUCCAUGGUCAAGCAAGAAGUGUCCAGCAGCCCAGGGUCACCGGCUGAACAGAGCUACUUACACGGCGGCCAGGACAGGAGGGACAGUCACGGCCACGCGCACGACUCGGAGGGACUCAGGUUACCGCCGACAACCGAUCAACUUGACUUAGUGGGACACCGGCGUGACGAGGGGCCAGGUAGACCAUCUCUACACUCCUACGUUCACUUUGGACACGGACACCACAACAACAACACUGCCCUGCCCACCACAGAGGACAUCACGCUGUUCACGGAUUUAGACCAGGGCAACAAACUAAUCAUCUCUAGUGGAGCGCACCCGCACCACAAGGGGGGCCUUAUCGUCGACCCCAGCGACAUGUAUCAAACACUAGCCAUCGCGGCGGCCCACCAGAGCCAGGCGGGGUACGACUCGCCCUCUGGGGGCUAUAUGCACUCCAACCCCAACUCUCCAGUGUAUGUACCGAGCUCCCGGGUGGGACCCAUGAUAUCCAGCCUCCCUUAUUUGCAAGCCAGCGGGUCGGCACAGCCUAGCCAUUCAGUCUGGUCGCAGUCUACUCCGGAGAGUCCCUCUUACAGCACCGGGAGUCCUCAUACCUCCAACCGUUUCCAUUACCCUCCAAGCCCGCCAAUGAACAACGUAGCGUCCAGGGAUAACGGCUACAGUAACCCGCUGAAUGUGGGCAGUCGAGACCAGUACGGUCUCCCGCGGCCCCUCGGUGGAUCCUACGCCAGCCCCUACUCCCCGUAUGUUGGACCGCAGCUAUCCCAGUUGUCCUCGCCUUGGCCUGGAGGACCAUUCGAUAACACCAUGUUGCACACUUUGCAAAGCAGAGGUGCGCCCUUGACGAUUCGAGGACCCAAUGGAGAUAUUCUCGACGACCUGGGAGAGAGCAGGGAAUGCGUCAACUGCGGCUCCAUCUCAACGCCGCUCUGGAGACGCGAUGGCACUGGCCACUUUCUCUGCAACGCCUGCGGCCUGUACAGCAAAAUGAAUGGACUCAGUCGGCCAUUAAUUAAACCACAGAAGCGGAUGUCAUCAUCCAGGCGAAUCGGCCUCUCCUGCGCCAACUGCCAGACGAGCACAACCACCUUGUGGCGCAGAAACGCAGAAGGAGAACCGGUCUGCAACGCAUGUGGGCUCUACACAAAAUUACAUGGAGUACCUCGGCCGCUCGCAAUGAAGAAAGAGGGAAUUCAGACGAGGAAAAGAAAACCGAAAACUUUGAACAAAACCAAGGGAUCCUCUGGAAAUAGUAAUUCAGUCGCCAUGACUCCGACGUCGACGUCUUCUUCCAACUCUGAAGACUGCUCGAAGAACAGCUCUCCCAACACGCAGGUCCAGUCCUCUGUCCUGAGUGGACCAGCGGAUGGCUCAGGCUCUGAUGGCUCUGCCGUCGUGAAGUACCCAGGCCAGGAUAGUCUCUACACCAGCGUGGGCCUCACCCAGUCUCCAGACAUAGCCGGCUCCGUCAGGGGAGAGUCCUGGUGCCCCAUGGCUCUUGCCUGAGUCACGAGCUGGGGAUGGAACCCACCACACUAUCCUUUCUCUCUCUCUGGAUGUCCUGCUGCUGUGUGGUGGAAAUAUUCUGUGCCUUGAUGGUUCUGGGUCUGUUUCCUACCUCCCAGCUAACAACAGUUGGACAGAGACAGCCCCCCCCCCACUCCCUCCACGCUCAUGCAAGUUUGAAAAGUCUGUGGAAUAUUUGGGAUUGAUUUCCAGAAUUAUAUGAGAAAACCUUAGUGCCUUUAACAGAAAGGGAAAUAUGUGAGAGGAGGCCUGUUGAUGCAUUCUUGACACUCUGCAGUUCGGAUGUGUUCCGGACCGACCUGCUGUUCUCUCUCUCUCUCUCUCUCUCUCUCUCUCUCUCUCUCUCUCUCUCUCUCUCUCUCUCUCUCUCUCUCUCUCUCUCUCUCUCUCUCUCUCUAUCUCUAUCUCUUUCUCUCGCUCAGCUAUGGAGGUGGAUAAAAUGUCUGAAAUGAAGAAACCUGUACAUAAUGUUAUGGAUUCCCCCACUCAAGACAAAGGUGGUUAAUUGGAUAUUAGUGCUUAAGAAAAGCGCAACCAUGCAUACAGAGGACAUUUUGAUUAUCAUUUUUUUGCAACUGGAAUCAAGCUAUCAAGUUACCAAGACAACCUUCCUGAAUCAAGAGAAAGUAUUUAUUAAUCUUCCAUUGUUGAAAAUAUGACUAUGAUUGUUAAAUAAAGAUAUGGACAUAGAGUAGAACUGAAAAAACAAAAAAAUCUUAUAUCUUCGUUUUUUAAUAUACUUUUGUAUUUCCUUCUCUCUUGUUGAGUUAGUAGUUGUUAACAGUGAUCGUAAAUCUGCACGUUUUUCCACUGAUAGCUCUUACUGUAUCUGACUGAAACUCUUGGUUUUAAACAGGGUAUCAAAGACUGCGACAUCCUAUGUCGGUCAGUUUUUGUUUUGAAUGAUUCACUCAAUUCGCAAAUAAUUAAAUCCCACAGAUUAAAUUAAAAUGCUGUUCACUUUAUGGUACUAUUUUUUAAAGAAAUUGGUAGAAGUGGGGUUUUUAUAGGCGAGGAAAAGAGAGAACAUGUCCGCAAAAUCUUUGACACGUGUACAACAGCUAGCUAAGUACUGUUUGAAUGAAUGGCACCCACAAUUGUUUUAUAGAUGCAUAUUUUUGUUACAAUACAACACGGCAAAAGAAGACUGCUGCAAUAUUAUCUGGCUGCAACAAAGACUACCUAACUGGUAGAAACAGUAUACAUUUAUACAUGCAUUUGAUGUUUAUAUAAAAUUUGACAAAAAUUAAAUGAAAAGGCUAAAUAAGGUCAACAUAAAAUACUGUAAUGUUGCUAUAUGGACAAACAUAUGCGGAAUUGAUAAAUUGCCCCUAACAAGUUUUUGGUUGAUAAAAGAGUAAUGGCUGUUCCUACAACCAACUGUAGACUGUCAUAAAACAAAAUUAGUCAAUGAGUAAAAUGUUACACAUUUUAGGUAGGUAGAAAUUUUAUGUAGGUAGAAAACAACCUUUCACUGGUUUCAAGACAUCAUGACCUUAUAUGACAAAUCACUGUUGAUUUUGGUUUGACUCAACACGCAACAAAAAGUGGAAUACAAACGCGCCCUUGUAUUUUUACUCAAAAUAUGUCAAAAGCUCUACAGUACAUAUUCCUGACUUUCAACUUUUGACGUGGAAAUAUGACUUUCCCAUUCAAUACACAGAUCAUACUGUAUGUCUCCCUCUCCUCCAGCAGGGGUGUGAAUGGCGCCUCGCUCAGCAGAACUCUCGGUGGAUCCAUUUUAGGGCCAGACAAAUUCCUCUCGUUCUCUGGGGAAUGUCAAUUUUCGGUGGAAUGAAUCUGAAGGUCAUUGUGAAACUGCCGUUUUAAAAUGCUUUUCAGUUUCACCAUCAGGGUCGUUCAGCUGAAACAGGGCCUGGUAAUAGUUUUUUUCUGGACUUAUUUAUUUUUUGAAAUAUCAUGUUUAUUAAUAACAUUGUUUUUCCUAUUUUUUUUGUUUGGAUAUUUGUAUUUCUUUGGUUGGUUGUUUUUUAAAUCCUUGAUACAGUUUUAAAUGAUAUUAUUUCAAUAUUUGAAAUAAAUUGUUCUGUUGAUAUGUGAAUUUUGGAAUAAUUACCCAUCUUAGAAUAUUUUAAGGAAAUCUACACGUUGUUGGUGUGUCGUUGUAUCACAGUGUUUUUGUGGUAUGUGCCAGAGUUUGCAGCAAGAGUUUUAGCUCCAUCUAGCCAAUUGCUGUGAAGGUACAUAUAACCAUUUUGAAAUUGUGAUAUUAAAUAACCCCUUAUAUUUGAAUAAUAUUUAGACAUUUGUUGUUAUAUUGGCAUUAAAUAAAUUGGCAGUGGUA